UCGAAUUCCAAAUACAAUACAUUCCUUCGUGUUGAUCUAAUACUUCUUGAUUAAAUUGCGUUGUUUCUGGGAUUACUAGUUUAUACUAUAAUUCAAAUACUCUUAAACGUCACAUUGGCGUCGCGAUGCAGCCUGUGAUGAACCGGUUGGAUACACAUUCAGAUUUUAGUGCUUUUGAGGAUUACGUGGAGAGAUUCGAAAUUUGGGCUAUGACCAAGGAAGACGAUGAGAAUUUUAAUAUUGUGGCUCAUUUCCUUACGUUCAUCGGAAAAGAAGCAUACAGCUUAAUAAAGACUUUGGCACUUCCAGACAAACCGAUUUCACUCCCUUAUGCAGCUGUUAAGCAACUACUGCUGGACCAUGUCAAAUACACAAAUUUCGAAUGUGGUAAAGGUGAAAAAUUCAAUGAAAUGACUCGCCAGAACAUCAGGAAUUCCACAACUUUACUACGUCAUCGCAGUCCAAUAAGUAAUCGAGGUUAUUCAGAUAACAAUUCAUUGGGGAGUUGUGAAACAGUUCACAAAGACGAGCACAAGUUUGGUAAAUGAUUGUUCUAUGGCAAGUUUCACUCAUGUAAUUCAGGUGUAUUUCGUAAUUCUAAAUGCUUUAAAUGUGGUAAAUCUGGGUACAUUCAGUCAGUUUGUAACACCAUGGUUCAUUUCGCUGGAAGCAAUGCUAGAGUGGAUGUUCCUAAUGAUCACUUAUCUUUAUCCAAGAUUUCUAGAAGUGGUAUAAUGUCACAUAGCAGUUCAGAGUUGAAUGAAACCUAGAAUCACUGUGAGACAAAAGUUUCCGAUCAACCAACUUCUUAUCACAUUUCUCGUGUUAUUGUACCAGAUGCGGUUUGUCAUAAUCAGUCACAUAUUUCUGAUGAAAUUGCUUACAAGCCUGAGAACAUAAAUGGCUGAAUGAGUCGAAUCAUGAUCAAAAAC